AUUGGAACACCUGAAUUCAAUGAUUUGGAUGGCGUGAGGUCCUGUCUGCAGUGCGACCGCACGAUCCGCUACAUGCAUGAGGACUUCCUGUCCAGCGUUAAAGGAAUCACAGUCCAAGAUCAGAUGGAUCUGAAGGGCAUCAUAGAGCACGCCUAUACCACAUACCAGGAUACCAGCAUGCAGCUACGUGGGGUGAUUGACCCUACAACACUGUACCAGGUGCAAACGGAGUACCAGAGUGAGUUCCGGAGGCACUGGCAGGAGCACAGGACGGACCCCAUCCAGUGGGACAUGAUAAAGAUCGUGGAGAAAGGCAGAAGAAUACUGAGGAAGCAUUUAGAGCGAUUUGUCGCUGAAGGCCUGUGUCCAAAUAAAUGUGGUUUGCUGUUUCAGAGUGUAAUGAACUGCUCUACCUGUCAGUACGGGUUGUUCACGUGUCUAUCAGCAAGACCCACACGCCACUGUGGAGUGUAUCAGCUGGAGGGGGAGGAGGGUGGGCAGGUGGUGUUGGAUUGUUUUCUUUCCUGGCACAGUCUGAUAGUCGGACAGGCUGAUUAUCACUACUUCUGGAAACCGGAGGCAAGAAAUGUAUCUGAGGAUGGGUUUGAGGUCGUGGUGGUGACAGAGGACUCUAAAAUUGUCCUGAACCAGCUGAGUGUGGGUGAACAGGGAGUGUACCGCUGCCUCCUGCUGGACAAACAUGGCACUGAGCUUUCUCGCAUGUACUUCAUGCUGACUGUCACGCCAUUGCCUGCUUCAACCACAUGGCCGGUCCCACCUUUGCCUCCUCUGCCCACCUUGGACUUCAGACCAACCAGACUUCACAGAGACACACUGAUUAUCAUACUGGCUCUUCUCACUGUACUCAGCAUCUCAGCCAGCCUGGCCAUCAUUGUAGGCUUCAGCUGCAGUAAGACUGCGAAAUGGCAGAAGAAAGAGCGAAAAAGAAAGAAACAAAAGGAGGACAUCUGACAAGACGGGCAGGAAGAGUUGGCGUAUAACAACAUAUAUGAAUAUGACGAAAGCAGAACAAACAAUAAAGCUUUCCCUUCAUUCACUGGAUCUUAAAUGGGAGGUUAAUGUGAUCAACAAGUCAAAAAAGAGCAAAACAGGACGAAGACAGUCAUG